AAACGAGCCCUUUUUUACUUCUCUCCUGCUACAGAAAAAAAUUAAAGGAAAUAAAGAAGAUUCUGAUCUGAUUCAAGAAAAAGGGGUGCAAAGAGGAAAGACAUAACUGUAAAGAAUAGCAAUCAAUACCUUCUCAACAGCCCAUCAUCAUCUUCCUUCUUGGCCUUUAUCGGAUUCUGCUCUCAAAGGCUCCAAUUUGUCCGCUCUUAGUCCUUUUUUUCUUCCUCCAUAGUUUUCCAAUCAAUCUUUGUAAUACCUACUUCCCUUUUAGACUUGUGCUUGAUUUUUCACAAACACAAUCAUUCCAUAAGACUCAGACCUUAGAAAGUCAGGCUCAUUUUUAGUCCCCAUUUCAUACGCAAGUCAAACCCCCCUCCUUUUUUGCUCUCAUGAUUCGAGCUUAAAUUCCAGUUCCCUUUUGCUGCAAGCUGAGCUCGAGGUGAAGGAAAAUGGCCGCCGAGAAACCCAGUACCAAAGGGCAAGCAUGGUUCUGCACGACGGGGCUGCCCAGUGACGUUGUAAUCGAAGUAGACGACAUGACCUUCCAUCUUCACAAGUUCCCUCUGAUGUCAAAAAGUAGAAAGCUUCACGAUCAAAUAACGGAACUGGAGCGGAGACCAGCAGGAAGAACCGCUAGAAUCCAAACGAGUUCUCCACCUGGCCAUCAAUCUGACAACGACGGUGAAGAGACAGAGGAAAUCCGAGAAGAGAAAGAGGAUGGAGAGGAUGAGGACGAAGAGCAGUUUCGCAUUAUUCUUCCGGACUUUCCGGGAGGUUCUGAAUCCUUUGAGACCGCCGCGAAAUUCUGUUAUAGCGUGAAAAUCGAUAUCACCGCAACCAACGUCGCCCCGCUCCGAUGCGCCGGUGAGUACCUCGAAAUGACGGAAGAAUACUCCGAAGAUAACCUAAUUUCCAGAACCGAAAGGUAUCUUUCACAAUCGGUACUCAGGAACAUUAAGCAUUCCAUCAAAGCUCUGGUCUCUUGCGAAGGAUUGUUGCCUAUGGCAGACAGUCUGGGGAUUGUUCAGAGAUGCAUUGAGGCCAUUGCUACCAGAGCCGCCGCCUCAGAUCCGUCUCUGUUUGGUUGGCCGGUGAAUGACGGAAGUGCGGACUACAAAGGUGCGGAUGAACCUAAUCCGCGGAGGAAAUUGAAUACCGCGACGAGGGGAGGCGCUGCGGCGGCUGUGGAUUCAUGGCUAGACGAGCUAGGGUUCCUGAGUUUGCCGUUCUUCAAACGACUUAUUUUCGCCAUGAAAGGUUUGAAUCUAAGCGCCGAAGUUAUUGAGAGCUGUCUGAUUCACUAUGCCAAAAAGUUUAUUCCCGGAAUGACGCGGACCAACCGGAAGCAGUCGUCGUCUUCCAUCAGCGUACCAACUGAGAACGAUCAGAGAGAGCUCCUCGAGACGAUUAUAUAUAAUCUUCCGAAAGAGAAGACUCUGCGAUCCGCUUCAAACACUACACGACUGUUGCUCGGAUUGUUGCGUACAGCUUACAUUUUGAAUGCUUCGGAGGAUUGCAGGUUAACUUUGGAGAAGAAAAUCGGAUCGCAGUUAGAGGAGGCGACUUUAGAUGAUCUGCUGAUUCCCAGCUACUCUUAUUUGAAUGAAACACUUUACGACGUGGAUUGUGUGGAGAGAAUUCUCGCCUUCUUUCUCGAAGGUGUAGAAGAGAGAUCUGCUACCAGAGCUGAAAGCGAAGACGAGAAUACAAGCGUCAGAAACGCUGCUUUAAUGCUCGUCGGAAAACUGAUUGACGGUUACUUAUCGGAAAUUGCUUCCGACGCGAAUCUGAAGCCAGAAAAGUUUCACAACCUGGCCGUUGCCUUGCCGGAUCAUGCCCGACUUUUUGACGACGGUCUUUAUCGAGCAGUAGAUGUUUAUCUCAAGGCUCAUCCAUGGAUUCCUGAGGCGGACAGGGAGAAGAUAUGCGGAGUUUUGGACUGCCAGAAGCUGACUCUAGAGGCGUGCACUCACGCGGCACAGAACGAGCGCCUGCCAUUAAGAGCGGUUGUCCAGGUGCUGUUCUUCGAGCAGCUCCAGCUCCGCCAUGCCAUCGCCGGAUCUCUAAUGGCCGCGGAUCCAGGAGCAGCAGCCACAGCAAACGACGGAUGGCUGCUCCGAGACGACGAAGACGAGGACAACGACGCAGCAAUCGCCGCCCGUCCACCGCCACCGGAGGCGAGCAGCACAUGGAGAGCAACGGUGAGGGAGAAUCAGGUGCUCCGGCAGGACAUGGACAGCAUGCGUGUGCGCGUGCACGAGCUGGAGAGGGAAUGCACCACCAUGAAGAAGGCCAUACAGAAGAUCGACAAAGUCGGCUCACGUGAUCACGGCGACAAAGGCGGUUGGCGAGCCAAGUUCGGUUGCAAAUUCAAAACCCAAGUCUGCGAUUCUCACGAACCCACCGUCGCCGAGGCUCGGAAAACCCGAGCCCGUGGCACCGGGCCCGGUCCCCGCCGGGACCUGCAGUAAUGCCUACAUCAAAUUAUUUUUUAAAUAAUUAUUAUUAUUAUUUACUCUUCUAAUUUUUGGUGCCCAUUUGUGUGAAUACAGGUAAUUUAUGAAUUAUAAGAUCGUGCUUAUUAUUUAUUUGUAC